AUGCUAGGAAGUCAUCAGGACGGAGAAUUGGAGAAGAUGGAGUCAAGGGAGCCGCUGCAGCUGCUGGCAUUGAACCAUGUGUCUCGUGUCUGCUCUGACCUGCCGGCGUCAUAUCGUUUCUAUACAGAAAUACUGGGCUUCAACCCGGUGAAACGGCCCGCAAGUUUCGAGUUCGAAGGUGCAUGGCUGCACAAUUAUGGCAUCGGCCUACAUUUGAUAAAGGGAUGUCCGCCUCCGAGGCCGAAGACUAUUAAUCCUAAAUCCUGUCACAUCAGCUUCCAGGCCGCCAGCUUGAAGGAGGUCGAGGCCUGUCUGACGUGCCGGAGCAUCGCCUUUGUCAAGAACGUAUUCGUGGAGGACGGGGUUCAAGUGGGUCAGCUCUUUUUCCACGACCCAGAUGACAACAUGAUUGAGAUCUGUAAUUGCGACGUACUCCCGGUCGUGCCGCUC